AUGUUACGCGAUCGCCGACUUCUGCAGGAUUCAAAAGUCAUCCUUACAGACCGUGUCGCUGCCCAACACCAUCUGCUCGUUAUGGACUUGAAAAUCUCCCGUCCAAGGAAGAGACAUCCAAGGACUGAAACACAGCGCAUCAAAUGGUGGAAUCUGAAGGAUCGAAAGGAGGCGGCAAUUCGUGAGAAGAAGUCCAAGUAUAAGCUCUGGUGGAGGACGCGUCAGCCUGAAGAUCGGGGUGCUUACCUAGCGGCGAAGAGGGAGGCUAAGAAGGCAGUCUCCAAGGCGAAUUCGGACCGCUACAAGGCUGUGUACGACACGCUUGAUACCAGAGAAGACGAGCGGGCAGUGGAGCUGAUGGAGCCGCGCCGCUCUGGUCAGAUUCUGGAGAGGUGGCGAGAGUACUACAAUCACUUGUGUAACGAAGAGUUCUGUCAUCCUCCCAUGCCAACUGUUCCCAGCGUCGAGGGUCCUGUUCUACCAAUUACUGCCGUCGAAGUCAGUGCUGCUCUCGCAAAAAUGAAGUCGAACAAGGCAACCGGUCCUGAUGACAUACCUGCUGAUGUCUGGAAGCUGCUAGGAGAUCGAGGGUCCGUGUGGCUCGCAACUCUAUUUAACAAGAUCGUUGCAGAAGGACGGGCUCCAGACGUUGGGCAAACUUCCGUGACCGUGCCUGUCUGGAAAGGAAAAGGAGACAUUGCUGACUGCACCUCGUACAGGCCUAUACGACUGCUGUGCCAUACGAUGAAGGUUUUUGAGCGUGUGCUGGAAGCUCGUCUGAGGAAAAUUGUUAGCGUUUCACUCAACCAGUGCGGCUUUGUGAAGGACCGCAGCACUAUAGAUGCUGUCCAUGCUUUCCGUAUUCUCCUGGAGAAACAUCGAGAGAAGAACCGCAGUGUGCAUGUUGCUUUUCUCGAUCUCGAGAAAGCUUUCGACCGUGUCCUACAUGAGCUGUUAUGGAUGUCCAUGAGGUCGCAUAGAGUACCAGAAGAAUAUGUGCGGUGGACGAAGCUGCUUUAUGCGAAGCCUACCAGCGUUGUACGAUGUGCUGCUGGAACAAGCAGGCCAUUCCCUGUACAAGUAGGGGUUCAUCAGGGUUCAUCCCUCUCACCCCUGCUGUUCAUACUGUGCAUGGACACGAUAACGAAGGAAAUCCAGAAGCAGCAUCCGUGGACUCUACUCUUUGCCGACGAUAUCAUGCUCGCGUCGGAGUCUCGAGAUGAUCUUCAGAAACAAGAAACUUGGAAGGAUCAGCUGCAGCAAUAUGGAUUGCGCCUCAACACAUCAAAAACUGAGUACAUGGAGUGCGGACCAAGGAUAGAGGACGGUUCAAUUCGUGUCGAUGGCACCGAAUUAAACAAGGUGAACUGUUUCAAGUACCUUGGAUCCAAAGUGACUUCCACAGGCGACAUUGAUCAAGAAGGUCGAGCACGUGUUAAUGCGGCAUGGAUGAAAUGGAAAAUGGCAACAGGGAUGCGGUGCGGCCCUUUACGGUGCUGGCCGACAACGAAAGCCUUGGAAAGAGUGCUGCACGCUAUGGAGAUGCGGAUGUUGAGGUGGACGAUAGGUGUAACGCUAAAAGAGAAACUAUCCAACGACACUGUACGUUCCAUCUUCGGCGUAGUCCGGAUAACUGAGAAGAUGAAGGAGGCGCGACUGAGAUGGUUUGGUCACGUCUUGCGACGAGAGAAAGAUUCUGUUGCCAAAACCGCUCUGAAGCUCGACGUUUCAGGAGUGAGGCCGCGUUGGAGGCCAAAGAUUCGCUGGUUAGACCGUGUGAAGCUGGAUACGAUAGAUGCACGUUUGUGUACGGCUGAUGCAAUGGAUAGAACCAAAUGGAAGACAAGAACCAGAAAAGCGGACCCUGCAACAACGCGGGACAAACGCUAG